AAAAAGUUAAUGUAAAUGCGAAUAAAUUAUUUAUUUAUAUAUAUUUUUUUUAGGAAUGACACUGAUAAUUAUAUCAUAUCACUGGCUAGAGACAAUACUCAACUUUUAAUAAAUAAAAUUUGGGAGUUACCAACUGAGAGAUAUGAAGAUGCUGUUGUUGUCAAAUUACCAGAUCCAACAACAAGACUUCCAAGAGAGAAGCCACUUCCAAAACCAAAACCAUUAACUAAAUGGAAAGAAUAUGCUAAGAAGAAAGGAAUUAAUAAAAGGAAAAAAGAGAAAUUAGUUUGGGAUGAAACUGCAAAAGAAUGGAAACCUCGAUGGGGAUACAAAAGUAAAGACAAUACUUCUAAUGACUGGGUCAUUGAGAUUCCUGAGAAUGCAGAUCCUAAUAUUGAUUACUUUGGUAAAAAGAAGGAAGAGAAAAAAGAAAGAAAAGCAAAAAAUGAGUUUAAAAGAUUAAAAAAUAUUGCUAGAGCCCAGAAGUUUAAAGGUGUUGGUGUUAUGCCUAGUGAAAAAGAGAAUAAGACUGAAUUAACAAAGGCAUUGGCAAUAGCUAAAGUUUCAACAGCUUCAGUUGGAAAAUUUACAGAUGCAUUGCCAAAAGAAAAGAAAACAGCCAAGAUUACAAAAAAAAGAAAGUUUGAACCUGAAUUUUCUGAUUUAAAACAGGAAAGAAUGAAAAACUUAAACAUUUUGGAGGGAAUUUCUAAAAAGCAACCCAAACUUGAUAUCACAAAGGGUGUGAAUGAUUAUCUACAUUAUCAGAUAAAAGGUGGAAAGAAGGAAAAAGGAAGUAUUAAGAAGAGUAGAGCAAAAAGUCAGCAGAAAUCACAGAAAAGAUCUAACAAAGGAAAACAUAAAAAGAAAAAAUAACUCAUUGUACAUUACAAAUACUGAUGUAUAUAGUAUAUGAAAAAUUAAAAUAUUUUAAUCUUACAUCGAAUUUAACAUAUAAAAACUAUAAAUCUUUUUUAUUAUUUUCAAUUAACAAACUUGAGGCUUCAUAUCUUACUGAAUAUUGCAGGCAAUUUAAGCAGCAAAUUAAAGCAAAUACUUUAAAUGUAAAUAAAAUUCUGAUAAAUUACAAUGGAAUCUUUUAAAUGUUAACUUGGGGAAAAAACUUAAAUAAUAGUUAUUUGGUGUUUCAAGAUAUUUCUAUAAUUGUAUUUAAUAUCUUAAUUUUGAUAACCAUCAUUUGUGUGACUUACACUAAGAAAUUGAAAGUAAUCAUUAUGGGAGAUGAGAUGUCAGAUUCUAGAUAUCAUGCUUAAGUCAGCUGUGUAGUACAAAGUCCUUCCAGUCAGUAUGGUGACUGACUCGUAUGGAUACAUGUCUAGUCUGGAAGCAAAGGUUGAAUAGAACUCUGGAUAGCAUUAAUUGGCAAUAUAUAUGCACAGUAAGCAUUAGUUGUAAGGUUUGACCUCUGAAUCAACCUUUUCUUCCAGAAUAGUCUUAAAUUAACUAACUAUUUAAUAUAAUUAUUAAUGUAAUACAAAAUAGCAACAUAUUAUAUAAUUUGAACUAAAGGUAGAUUUCUAUGUAAUUAACCAACCAAGUUCUAGUUUGAUAAUUGUCUGUGGUAACCCUGAGUAAGAAAAAAUUUCCACAAUGCAACUGAGAAAAUCAUACAUUGAACCUAGUAUAAAUAAGUUAUUUCCUUAUUUAUAUUGUAAAGUGGACAAGGAAAGUGUGUUGUAAAAGACAAGGUAAGAUUUUUAUCUUAAGAAUCACUUAAACUUAUCUUAGUACUCACUCUAUCACUGCUAUUAAAAUCUAUUAACUUUUUGUUUGCAAAUAAUGGUAAAAUUGAAUCUUUUCCACUAUAUCAGAAGUUUCAUCAUUUAUGUUGGAAUUACCAUCACUGUUUUCUUUAGCACAAUUGCAAUCAACUUGUAUUUCAUUUGAGUUUCUCUUACUAAUUCAACUUAUAAGAUUCAUUAGUAUAAAUGCCAAAGACUGCAAAAUUGGAAGCAUUAUUAGUAAUACGAUCAGAAACCCUUUUUUCAAUUCCAGAUUCACUAAAUAUCUGAACUAGAAGUGAAAUAAUAAUAUUAUAAAAGUGAUAACCUUUAAUUAAUAUGUCUACAGGUAACGAAACAAUUCUAGAGGUAUGGUUUUCUUUCUAAUGUUAACAUAUUACAAAGAUUGGUGUGAAUUCUACAAAUCUAUUGUUGAAAUAUAUCUUGCCUUACCUAAUUUGUUAGAUGUGUACAGUUCAUCCACAUUGAGAAAUUGUACUAGACAAUUUAUAGAUUGUACAGGAUUUGUUAAUUUCUGCAAGAAGUUUGUAUUUUUUAUGGUAGUAAAUGGCUUAGAACUCUUUAUAUGUAUA